AUGACCCCGCCGUCUCCCAUCAGCACUGACAGUUUAUCCACCAGCUCCAGCAGAUGUCUGGACGAUACCCGCUCAAUCCAAUCUGAGGCGUUCAGCUCUCAUACCACCAAGCUUAUCGGCUCCAGUCUGUCACUGGGGACAUAUUACUCCAUCAAGAAGCUCAUAUCCCGCAGCUUCACGCCCAAUACCAAAGUGCUGCCCCCUGCAACCCCCGAAAUAACGGGGUGGACUACAGAGUACGACCCACAGAUCCGGGCGUACUACUACCGCAACAACCUGGAUGGCUCCUUGCAGUUUGACCACCCGAUGGAGGAGGUUGUCUCUAGAAAACACUAUUCGAGCCAUGGAUUGUCGAUGUUUAAGGUAUUUAGCAAGAAAGGACAGACCCCAGUGGCAUCGCCACCUAGGCAGUCCAGUGUGAGCCAACACCUGGAACAGACCCUUAUAGAGCCAGUUAUACCACAGGUAUCUAGUACACUUCCUCUUCAAGAUCAGAACGAGCCUACGCCGUUGCUCGCGCAUCCGUUCAGGAACCCUUCAUACUCCCAUGACUACCCAGAAUAUACCCACAAAGAAAUAGGAAAGUCCAGGAGAACAAGCGGCCAUGGCGAAACGUUUUUCAUCAACGAGUUUCUCAUGGACAACCCUAAGGGAAAAAUUUCGCGAUAUGCCCCACAUUAA